UCACGGGAUAAAUUGUCAAUAACACACGUACAACAUAAUUCAUUAUAAAGUAAAAUUACCUCCCGUUAUCCCCUCACAGGAGCACAAAUUUAUGAAGGCGGGACUCAUGCAUACGCACAAAAUUCUGGCCAAUGGAAUUUGAUCCGAUCCUUCUACAAUAUACGUAUUCGAUGACAGCGUCUGACAAUGUCAAUCAAUCCAACGACGUAUAUACAUAUAUACGUACGUGUGAGAUAUUGAUAAAGAUACUUCGCUGACAAUGAGAUGGCGAUCGUCGCGCAUGCGCGGGAGAAACUCGGCCCGUAUCACAACACAGUUCGUGCAGUUCGGUUCAGUUCGUAGGCGAGCCAGACGAGCUCAGUUUGGUUCCGUUAUAUCGGACGUGACGAAGCGUUCGCAGUCUCUUCGUUUCACGGGACUCUCGCAUUCUCGCGUCGUCGUCGGCCUCCGUCGUCAUCGUGGCAGUUUAUAGUGACCGUAGUAGUGGACGACGUCGCGAAGAGACGCCUGUGUGAUCAUGAAAAGUGCGAGGAUGCGUGAAAUCGGCUAGCGUGGUGGACCCUACGAGAGCGUACGGAGCACGUUCCGGAGGACAAAAAUGGCGCUCGAGUAUGUUAGCUGUACUUCUUCCUAUUGAACCUCGACGCGACGUUGACAAACAUAGAAGCGACAGACGACGUCGAUGAAGCAUCUGCGAGGCAGAAUCACCACGAAGUCGUCAUUCGUUAGGUAGCUCUUAAGACGUUCCUCUUGCGAAGAAGAAUUCACGGUAAAAAUCGCGCGAUACAAAUCUCCCUCGCAGUCCAUCCAAGUGCUUGCGACGCUCAAGAAGCAAUCUUGAUUUAAGAAAUUGGAAAAAUCCCAAUCGGAGGAACAGGAGAACUUUGGCAAGGCUACCUCUUUUCCGAUCUAUUAUAUUUUCCGUAAUUGAAAAGUCGGGAAUGAAUUUCCUUGCGCGCGCGAAACGCGAGACGGUGAGAUUGGCAAGUGCGUAAAGUGAUAAUCAAGAAAAUACGAACGACCGGAAGUUGCAAAUCGGUCGCGAAUGCAUCGACAGGCCGAAAUCAUCCGUCGUUGAAUCGAAAUUAAGGUUUCUCGUGAAAUCGUUGGAAGCCACGGUGGGUAGACCCUCGAGAUCCUCGCUUGCCGCAGGUCCGGGUACCUGCACGUUACACGCAACAGGCAUCAAAGUGCGGUGCCCCGGCCUCAGGGGUGAGAUGGCCUUCAUGAUGAAGAAGAAGAAGUACAAAUUCUCGGUGGAGGUCGACCUCGAGGAGCUCACGGCGGUGCCGUUUGUCAGUGCUGUACUCUUUGCCAAGCUGAGGCUCCUGGAUGGCGGCUCAUUCGUCGAUCAUUCCACUAGGGAGGAAGUGCAGGAGCACACAGUGAGAUGGAAUGCGAAGUUCGAGUUUUUAUGCAAGAUGAGCGCCAAUGCAUCCACAGGCGUGCUCGAUCCAUGCAUUUUAAGGAUAUCCGUGAGAAAGGAAUUGAAAGGAGGUAGAUCCUUCCAGAAAUUAGGUUUUACCGACCUGAACCUGGCCGAAUUCGCAGGAGCUGGCUUCUGCCGAAGAAGAUGCCUUCUCGAGGGCUAUGACGCGCGACAUCGUCAGGAUAACUCCAUGUUGCGCGUAGCCAUCAAGAUGAACAUGCUCUCCGGAGAUAUUUUGUUUAAAGUCCCUUCCCCGUCGUUAAAGCAGACGCAGCUAGCAGUGCCCGGGGGGGUGCAAGGUGUACCUGGCAUUACCGGUGACGAGGUGACACCAUCCGAGAGAUGCACUAAUCGGGAGGAUUACGUGUCUACCGGCUCGUUGGCGGGAAGUAUAGCUAGCGCCAGUAGUGGUUUUGGUAGUCUUCCCAAAAAGAGGCCCGCACUCUUCACCUCCGAACUUCUUAGCGGAACGGAGACGUACGACCCGAUGACUCUCAGCGAGAUCGUACCCUCGGCAAUUCCGGUAGAAGCUCUCGUGGAAGCGCAUACGGAAUCGGGUCACUCGCGCAACAGCAGUAACACCAGCCAACUUAGCAAAGGGUCUGGCUACGGUUCUUUGAACUCGCAUAGCCAACACAGCAGACAGAGUAGUAGCGGUGACAGUGGUCACAUUAGCUUCAAGCAACUUCCUCAUUCUCAGUCUCUUGACUCUAACUGCGAAACUUUGGACUCUCUAUGUUUUUUUUACUUUACGUCACCCUCCUGGCCGGUAUGGGCACCACGAAUCCCCAACUCCUUCCAAAACACGUCCGCACAACCAAUCCCUACGGACUGUCAACCCGACUCCUAUAUCAAUCCCUUGUCAUCGUACCCAUCUUCCUUAUCGCACGUGACCUCCAGAACUCGAUUCUGGUCAACGUCGAGCCCUCUCUCCUCGCGUAACCGUCUGACAGAUAUGGAAAAUGUGUCAUCGACGGCCUGCAUUACCGCGAACAAUGUUUAUUCGGAUGGAAAGCAGCAGCAAUCGCUGUGCGCAAUCGGAAACGGUUUUUUGAACAAUAUGAGCAAUUCGCGACAAAAUGAUAAUGACAAUGACGCGAGCGCAGAUGUUCGAGUGGCGCCCGGUAUCUUCAGGAUGCCCGAUGUGCCACGACACUCGCGUAAGAAUUACGAGAGAAGCGGCUUUGACACGCGUAAUGAACGUAACGCGAUGAUGAGCUCGAUCGCUAAAGAGAAUGACCAGCAACAGAAUAACGUCUUCCCGAUCGCGCAGCAGAGAAUCAGCGCUACGGGUUGGCUCGGUAUGUCGAAGACCUGCGAUUGCAUCGAGAAGGGCAAAACAAGCCCGGUUUUGCGACUAGUCGAUCAAGCCAGAGCCGUAUCCUCUCCCGAUCCUCUCCAUAGGCCCGACAAUCAAAGAGCUUUGCUACGCCCCGCGAUGACAGCUCAAACCCUCAGGGGUAUUGGCGGAGGUCACCGGAAGUUGCUGGACGGGGCGGGGGGCAAGCUGGCUACGGUCGCCACCAGUCCAGCGGACUCUGAGGAGUCCUCAUUAGGGGUACCGGAAGUCGCUCCACCGAGCUCGCAGCAUCGAAACAGCAUUACCCCACCAAAUCCUUCCGGCGGUUCGGGUCUCAGCGAAACUGGAUCCCUGGACCGUGCUAAGGCCGCAUUGGAACGUAGGAAAAAAGCGGAGGACGGUACUGGUAAUCCCAUCCUCUGUAGAGUUGAAGUUACCAGGCCGAAUCCUGACUCUCUCAUCGACGAGCUGCUUAAAGCAACGAAUCUGGAGCAGACGGAUCUGGAAAGUUCCGAGACAACUGGUCUUCAACUAUUUAUCGCGAAAGACGGAACGGCUGCACUUGGCAGUCACGAGGUGAAGAGCCAAAUGCCUGCUGGCGUGUUCAAGCAGGUAGUGAUGGAAGAGAACAACAGGUAACACGAAGCCAUGACCACGAGACGGCAAUACCCAAGACAAACCAGCGCUACAUUCUCGUUGGCCCUGGUGCCGGAGCUCGUUUACGAGGCCUACGAGCCGCGGUAGUUAUAAGAGAGAAGACGACAAUGUUGACGGAUAGGAAAUCAUCGACUCGGAAGAAACAGCCAAACGUUAUUGUUGUCGAAUUAUUCUUUUAAUAGAUUUAAAAUUAUUACAAAAGGAAAAAUAAACCAACGAAUUUUCGCGAAUUGAAUUGAUAUUCUUUUGUAGCGGCGAUCGUUUUACUAAAUUUCAUUAUAUAGAUUCGCAGAACCGACAUUAACUAAUCAUCUUGUGAUGCGCACGUAAAUUGCGCGAAACGUAAAUGAUAAUCGACAACUUACGAGAUAUCGUUACAUACAUUUCAAUAUUCAAUCAGUUUGAAAGAGAAACAUUUAUACAAGAAUUAUCCAGAAUUCCAUAUGAUGAAUAAAACUUGCACGUACAUCGCCUGCAACAAACGAUCCGUAACCGUCAGUCAUGCGUGCGAAGCAGUUAAAGACGAUGGCUGUUUGUAAUAGACGAGCGAAUUAGACACGCGUUUUCGAAACUAACUCAAAGACAAAUACAUAUACAUAUACAUAUUUUCUUCCUUUUAAAACGAAGCACAAUGAUCCUCGUCAAGCAUGCUUCACACUUGACAGGAGCGUUAGUCAAUAAAGUUUAACUGAGAGGGAGAUAAUAAAGUGUAAUAAAAGACUAUAGUUAUAAAAAAAAGAAACAACAGGCUAAACAUGGUCAAGGUCCGACGAAACUUUGCAGUGGGCAAUAACACACAUCUAUAGGUAAAACUUAAGCGCCAACUUUAUUUAUCUGUCUAUAGCUGUACGACAACGAUAUCUCGUCACAUGUGUAACGUGUACGAUAUAAAACUAGAGAGAUAAAGAAAUAUUAAAUUGAGAGAUAUUAUCUGUAUCGUAUGAUUACAUUUUUAUGUGUAAAAGUAUUCUCAACCGCAAUUUUCAACAAUAUUAGCCAAACGAAGAAUUUCCGGUUGGUUUUAUUGAUGUUUCUUUCGAGAAUUAAAAUUUUACAAUUUCUGUGUAUUAAAAAUUUAUUUUUGCUUUAUAUAACAUGUAGUACGUAUUUCUAUGUUUGAUAGUAUGUAUGUCUUUUUUGAUUUUUUUGCUGCGCUCUUUUUUCAUUGACGAAAUUAUUGCGUGUAAUUAAUUAAUUAAAACAGUAUUCGAGUGACGAGCAAAAAGAUAAAGCUAAGUGUGAAUUGAAAUAAACGAAUUAGUCAAAGAGAAUAAUGUAAAAUUAUAAUUUGUUAGAUAUUAUGCAAUGUAUAUAUAUUUGUGAAACUACAAAAGUAUAGAUUUACAAUCUCUGUAUAUGAUAUAUUGCUCUCAAAUAUUUUUGUUUUGAGAAAAUAGGACACAAUGUUAUCCUUCCUGAGUAGUUUGUGGAUUUUAGGUUUCUAAACUCUAAACGAUUUUCUUUUGGUGGAAGUAUAAACUUGGAGACAUUUUUCUGUGUGAUGUAAAUGUUUCCCGACUGAAUAUAUUUUAUGUACAUUAUUUUAUUAUUAUUGCUCGACGAAGAAUGUAGAUCUCCGUUUCGUCGAACCUUUUCCAAAGGCCCGGUGAAUUUUUCGAUUGGCGCGUAACCGGCUCCACCCGGUAGAAUAUAUAUAAUCUGUAUAUAUAAUUGUAGUAACUGUUAUGUAGCUAAAUUGCUGGUGUUGUAUACAUGCAUUCUCUCCGUACUCGAAUAAUCUAUAAGUGCUACUGUAUAUUGUGCUGAUGUAUCAAAAAGUAUGCAAAAACACGUGUGUUGUGUGUGUAUGUAUGUAUGUCUGCAUGUGUGUGUUACGUAUGUCCCUUUUCGGUGACCUUGUCUUAUGAAAAAGAGGGUCAUUAUGAAAAGUGUGUGUCUGAUUGGUUUGGCAGACAAGUAAAUACUUCCAGCGUCCGCGAAGUCCGUUUCGCAAAUUAAUCCGAGCGUUUCAGUCCUUGCAGUCCAUCGCAAAGAGAUAGAAAAAGAGAGUGAGAGAGAGAGAGAGAGAGAAUAAUGCAAAGGUGAAGUUGUAUGCACAAACGUUUUCUUCGGAAUGCUUCGAAGUUAUUGAUCGGUACGGUUUCUCGGUAUCGAUUUUGAACUUGAACGGGUAGCGAACGACUUCUUCCCGAGAAUUUUCAAAUUCCCGUUAAUUGCACCAGUCUCAGAGAGACUGUAGAUGCAAUGAUAUUUGUCGGGUUAUCCGGCGACAGAUUCGUGUAUCCGAUUGUAAAUCACAUGUUUGAUAAAAUGAGCAGCCAUUACACGCUGUAAUGUUGCUGUAAUGGUGCUUUUUUUCUUAUAGAUAGAUCGAUACGUUCCUUCCCGCUGCUGCGUUUUCUCUUCUUUCUUUUUACGUGUGUACGUUUCUUCUUAUAAAUAAUAUCCGAGUGCCGUUCGAUAUCACUUUCAAUUUUAUACAAUCAUGACUAUAUCAUGUCACUCGCGAGUUGCAUCGCAAAGGUGACUUCCAAUUUUCUACUGCUAUGAUGGAAUCUACUAUAAUCUCGUAUAUUUUAUAAAAUAACAAAAUUUUUUUAUUGUUA